CAAGCACCGGAUGAGGGUUACUUUAGCUGCGAGUAAAAAAGCCGACCUCCGUGAGAGUUGCCAGUAUAAACACAUUUGCUUUUUUGAUAUUUCUACUCUUUGGUCUCUUCACAAUUAUUUAUCGUGAACGAUGAUGAACGGCCAAAUAAAUGGUUUUCACCACUCAGUCAUUGACGAGGACUGCUUCUUGUUCACCUCGGAAUCCGUCGGAGAAGGGCAUCCCGACAAGAUCUGCGAUCAAAUCAGUGAUGCGGUCCUUGACGCUCAUCUCAAGCAAGAUCCUGAUGCCAAGGUUGCUUGCGAGACGGUUGCCAAGACAGGUAUGAUCCUGUUGGCAGGUGAAGUGACCUCACGAGCUACGGUGGACUAUCAGAAAGUUGUGCGGGAUACUAUUCGCCAGAUUGGCUAUGAUGACUCAGCUAAAGGCUUUGACUACAAGACCUGCAACGUGCUAGUGGCCUUGGAGCAGCAGUCUCCUGACAUAGCCCAGGGUGUCCACGUUGACCGCAAUGAAGAGGACAUUGGAGCUGGGGACCAGGGCUUGAUGUUUGGAUAUGCCACUGACGAGACCAAGGAGUGCAUGCCACUCACAAUUGUGCUCGCGCACAAACUGAAUGCCAAGAUGGCUGAGCUCCGACGCAAUGGCACUCUGCCGUGGCUCCGACCUGACUCAAAGACACAGGUUACCGUGCAGUACCGUCAGGACCGUGGCGCCAUGCUUCCUGUGCGCGUGCACACAAUUGUCAUCUCCGUUCAGCAUGAUGAGGAAAUUUGCCUUGAAGAGAUGAGAGAUGCCUUGAAGCAAAAAGUCAUCAAGUCUGUUGUUCCCUGCAAUUAUUUGGAUGAUGACACCAUCUACCACCUGCAGCCCAGUGGCAGGUUUGUCAUUGGCGGCCCCCAGGGCGAUGCCGGACUGACGGGGCGUAAGAUAAUCGUCGACACUUACGGCGGCUGGGGGGCUCACGGAGGCGGAGCCUUCUCUGGCAAAGACUACACCAAAGUGGACCGCUCCGCUGCGUACGCUGCACGUUGGGUUGCCAAGUCUCUUGUCAAGGCCGAGCUCUGCAGGAGGGUGUUGGUUCAGGUGUCCUACGCCAUUGGAGUUGCCCACCCCCUCUCCAUUUCCAUCUUCCACUAUGGGACCUCCAACAAGAGUGAGCGGGAGCUGCUGGACAUCGUAAGGAAAAACUUUGACCUGCGUCCCGGGGUCAUUGUCAGGGAUCUGGAUCUGAAGAAGCCCUUGUAUCAGAGGACGGCGGCCUAUGGCCACUUUGGCCGUGACUCCUUUCCAUGGGAGGUUCCCAAAAAGCUGAAAUACUAAACCUGUUAGGCUUUUUGCCCCCAGGCUUGUUGGUGUAUACUACAGAGAAGCCUCCAAGAUUCGGGGGGGUGAAAUGCCCUUUGCUGUCUUUCUCUCUCUUCCUCCCUUCCUCUCUUUCUCAAAAAUGAUUCAUCAUUUUCCACACGGAUAUUGUCUUUUGUUUUGCUGGUUGCGAAAUGAUGACUCCUUGAAGUCAUUCUUUUUUUUUCUUUCUCUUUUUUUUGUUUUAAACUUGAAGGUUCCAAGAACUUCUUCUUCUGUCACUUGUUACUGUGCUAUAGAGCGUGAGUCGCUGCAGUUCUGUCAUUUAACAUGAGUCUAGUCGAGUAGUCAUGGGCACGUGUUGGUAGUUGGCCUUCACUCACUGGUGCUACUACAAGAGGAGCAUGUAUGACCUGCGAAGUAAAUCUUCAUCUCGUCAUUUCGGAGGAUCUUUCUCAUUGAGCAACAUUCCUCCUCGGUCAGUCUGGUAUAAAUGUUCCCUCGCCCACUUUUCUUGUUGCUAGAAUUGAUUCUUUUCUUUAUGGAGGAUGUUGGCGUGGCACAAUGAAA